UCGGCUGUCAGGAAAUAGGCGGGGUCCCAGGGAACAGGAGGAGGAGGCGAGGAAGAUGGCAGAGACGGAGACUCAGCUCUUGCUGGGCGUGGGGCUGAUCGAAAAAGAUACCAACGGAGAUGCUCUGUGGGUUUGGUGCUACCCUUCUACGACAGUUGAGUUAAGGGAUCUCUUGUUGAGAAAAUGCUGCCUUACAGAUGAAAGCAAACAGCUUCACACAUUCCUCUUUGGUCAGCACAGAAUGACGUGGUUUUACAUUACAACCAUGGAGGUUCCGGAUUCUUCAGCACUGAAAAAGGUGACACAUUUUUCCAUUGUCUUGACCGCCAAAGACUUUAAUCCAGAGAAAUAUGCAGCCUUUUCUCGGAUCCUCUGUAGAAUAUACCUGAAAUAUGGGAGUCCUGUGAAAAUGAUGGAGAGUUAUAUUUCUGUCCUGACAAAAGGAAUCUGCCAGAAUGAAGAAAAUGGCUCUUUCCUAAGCAAAGAUUUUGAUGUCCGAAAAGCUUACCUUGCAGGUUCAAUUAAAGAUAUAAUCACUCAAUUUGGAAUGGAAUCAGUCAUCCUGUAUACCGCAGUGAUGUUAAAGAAAAGAAUUGUAGUAUAUCACCCAAGAAUAGAAGCUGUCCAGGAGUUUACAAGGACUCUACCAGCCUUGGUGUGGCAUCGACAGGAUUGGUCAGUCCUUCAUUCUUAUGUACAUCUGAAUGAUGAUGAGCUGGAAGCAUUAAAAAUGUGUCCAGGUUUUAUUGCUGGCUUUAUUGAUUCAGAAGUGAUCAACAGGCCAGAUCUCUAUGAUGUAUAUGUGAAUCUGGCUGAAAGUGAAAUUACUAUUUCCCAGCAAGCAAAAGAGGCAAUGACAAUGGGAAAACUGCACAAAGAAAUCGGUCAGCUCAUUGUUCAGUCGGCAGAAGAUCCAGAUAAAUCUAACGGUCAAGUUGUUAAGGACAUUUCAUUGAAGACGAAAGAGAUCUUGACAAACCUGGCCUCCUUCACAGAGGUCCUACAUGAUGGAGAAAAGCCAUCCCUUAACUUUGAAGCACUGAAACAGAAGCGGUUCCCACCAGCGACCGAAAAUUUCCUCUAUCAUUUGGCAGCAGCUGAACAAAUGCUUAAGAUCUGAUGUCAUGGACGAGCCUCAGUAUAGCACUGAGAAAGAAAACUUCUCUGUGGCCUAAUACUUUAUCCUUUAGUUGUAUAAAGCAUUCAGCAGAGAAAAUGGCAUUUUUAUAUUCAUGCGGAGGGAUUGAGUGAUGCGGAAGCCCUGGGCGCGUAGUGGGAUGUACUUCCAUUUUUCUAGUUCUGACACAGUAAUUUUCUACAAGAUGGGACAGGUUUUUAAAGACAAAAGAUGGUCAAGAUCUACUGUUCUUCCUAGAAAAAUAUGUGAGGGCAUGUUUGUUUUGAGCUACAAGUGUCUUCUGCGCAUUUAAGUGAAGUUAUAUCUGAAUAUAUAUAUAUAAACAGAAUGUUUCAUAAGUGACAAAACUAUGAUAGCCAUUUAAGUUGAAAGAUAAAGGUUAUUUGUGUUGUCCAGCUGUUUAUAAACCCCGUCCUCCUGAAGUCAAGGUACUGAAGCGUUUGAGCAUUCAACAAAUAGGUGAGAGGAGGCUUGAAAGGUCAGUCAUUUGCCACACCGUUCAAAUACUAUGUGUUUGCUGGCCAUGACUAAAGUAGUCAUGCCUUUAGUACUAAUGAGAGCAACUUACUUUGAAAAGUAUUUUUUAGUAAACCAGCCUAGAAUAUCCAGAUGCAAGUAAGAAUCCUGUUUAGAUAUAGGAGUGUGUGCUGGACAUCUUCUCACUGAUGUUUGUAUAUUGGGCUCAGUGGGCAUGAUCACAUUCCUCCACUUCAUGCAUUUGUGGGACAAGGUUAGCUGUUGUCAUAGCUCUUUAUCAAUUGUCAAGCAAAACCUGAAUGCUAUACUACAGCUAUGUGUAUUCAGAUCCAUAAGAAGAGGGGGUUCCAAUCUUUUCUGUUGUUUUUCUGCAGCCACACAUGCCGUGAGUGCAAAACCUAGAACCUUAAAGGUUGAAUAUCCAGAAUCUGCAAACAUUCCAAAAGACUAUGUGGAAACUCACUAGUCAAGCCGGCUUUCCAUUGAAACUGCCAUUGAUAUUUGAAUACAUACUUGUGUUUAUUGUAUAGUUGUUUAUCAUGUAGAGAUUUCUAAACUUUGCCCCUUGUAGUGUUUUGCACCUCAACUCCUAGAAACUUAGCUGACUAUCCAACAAUCAGGAAUUCUGGGAAGUGGCAUCUAAAAUAUUUGGAGGCCCAGUGUUUGGAAACUACUGGUUUAGACCUUUCACCCCAAACUAUGCAAGUGGAUUGCAGAUGUCUGAGCUGAAGAACCACUUCUGCUGUGGUGGUUUGCUAUAUAAGAGACAUCUGUUUAUGAUUUUGCCUUCAUGCAUAAACGCCUUAGCAUGUGUCUGAGUUCAUAAGCUCAAUCAAGUUAUCCUCAAUAAGAGAAGGCCAUUAAUGAAUGUGGCUUAUUAAGUCCGUACUUUUCUUGAACCCUAUGGUAUCUGUGUUGUCGAAGGCUUUCAUGGCUGGAAUCACUGGGUUGUUGUGUGUUUUUCAGGCUGUAUGGCCAUGCUCCAGAAGCAUUCUCUCCUGACCUUUCUACCACAUCUAUGGCAGGCCCCACAGAGGUUGAGAGGUCUGUUGGAAACUAGGCAAGUGGGGGUUAUAUAUGUGGAAUGUCCAAAGUGGGAGAAAGAACUCUUGUCUUUUUGAGGCAGGUGUGAAUGUAGCAAUUGACAAUUUCAUUAAAAAAAACCAUGAAAAUGAACAAAAUCUGGCUACCAGUAUUUAAAAAACCUGUAAAAUCAUAACAGUAAAUAAAGAACACUCAAAACAGGGGAAUUCAAGACAAGAAACAAUCAGGGCCAGCUAAUCACCUCCCAACAAAGGAUUCCCCCAGGCAGGAAGCAGACAGACCUUGAAAACUGCUAGGCCAUUAAAUGCUAAUCAAGGUGGCCAAUUGCCACAUUCACACUUGCCUCAAACAAACAAGAGUUCUUUCUCCCACACUGUACAUUCUACUUAUAUAUAAAUCCCAUUUUCAUAGUUUCCAACAGACCUCAUAACCUCUGAGAAUCUCUGCCAUAGAUGCAGACGAAAUGUCAGGAGAGAAUGCUUCUGGAACAUGGCCAUACAACCCUAUGGCAUCUGUUUUUUUCUAGUAGGAACUAGCAAUUGGGGUAAUCCCUAAAAUCUUAUUUUUUAAAAACAGUAUAUCUUAUUCCUACUUCUAACACAUUUUGAAAUAGCAUUAUUUCAUAGUCAUCCUUAUGUUCAGCAUUGAGAAUCAUUUGGCUUUCAUUCAGAGUAUAAAGGAGCCUAAGUUGUAUGUUAUAAUAUGGAAGAAAUGAGCAAGUAUUGUACAGAUCUAAAAUAGUUCUAGCAAGUUUGUGAGUAUAACUACUUCCCCCCUAUUUUUCAGGGGUCUGUCAUUUUUUUUGUACAGAAGUGUAUGUUGAUCUAAAAAUGUGUACAUCUAAAAGCUGACUUACUAUACUUUCCUUA